UCGAGUUAUUUCUCUUGACACCUCAAAAAUGUCAGUAGAGGCAUUUGUUGACAAAACGCAUAAGUUACUUGAAAAGGAAAGGUCAUCUGAAAUUGAACAGACAAGGUUGUUACAUGAGAAGUUACCACCAAAGGAGCUACAAAGGAGAGGAGUAUGCCUUUUAAAACUGCAUAUUGGGGAGAGGAAGUCUGGGAUGUUUGGAAGAGUGCUGGUAGUGUUGGAAACUCAUCUGGAUGCCUUACCUUCACACACUUUUUCUGCAGGUGACAUAGUUGGCCUGGAUGCCUCUUCAUCCGUUGGUCAGUCGGACAGUCUUGGCUCCGGCAUAGUGACCAGGGUAAGCCCAACAGCGGUCACUGUGGCCUUUGAUGAUUCAGUGGACAUCUUCUCACUGGAAUCUGGUCUCCAUGACUACUACAAAAUCACAAAACUGGCCAAUGAUGUUACAUACAAGCGACUGAAGAGGACCCUAGAAGGUUUGAGCCAUGGUCGACAUGAGGUGAGCCAGCAACUGAUAUCGGUCCUGUUUGGAGACCAGCCUCUCUCCCCUCCUCUCACGUUGAAAGAGCUUGUUUAUUCCAACACAAGCCUUGAUGAUUCUCAGCAAGAGGCUGUACAGUUUGCCCUCAGCCAGCGGGAAGUGGCAGUGGUGCACGGGCCCCCAGGCACGGGGAAAACCACCACUGUCAUUGAGAUCAUCCUUCAGGCAGUCAAACAGGGACACAAGGUGCUGGCAUGUGCCCCAUCCAACAUUGCAGUGGACAACCUGGUGGACCGCCUGUCACGUACAAAGCACCGUAUUGUGCGACUGGGUCAUCCCGCCCGCCUCCUGCCCCACCUACAAAAGUUCUCUCUAGAUGCAAUUCUGGCUCGCAGUGAUGAGGCCCAGCUGGUGGUAGAUGUGAGAAAGGACCUUGAUAAGGCCCUGUCUGAUCUGAAGAAAACCAGAGACAGAGGGCAGCGACAAAGAGCUCGCGAGGACAUGAAACAUCUCCGUAAGGAGCUCCGUCAGCGUGAAACUACAGCGACCAGGGACAUUCUCAAGCGUGCAGAUGUUAUUUUGGUUACUCUGACCAGUGCAACUGAUGCUGGACCUAUGAAACUGCUGGAGGAAAGCCACUUUGACCUAACUGUUAUUGAUGAGGUAUCCCAAGCCCUGGAGGCUGCCUGCUGGAUCCCCUUGUUGAGGUCCAGGAAGUGCGUCCUGGCUGGGGACCAUCUACAGCUUCCUCCUACCAUCCUCUCCAAUGAGGCCGCCCAGGAAGGCUUGUCAGUGAGCCUGAUGGAGAGAGUUCUAGAGAUGUAUGGGGACUCUGUGAUGAGGAUGCUGACAACUCAGUACCGCAUGCACCACAUGAUAAUGGACUGGUCCUCACAACAACUGUACCAGUCUAAACUGGUGGCCCACCCAUCUGUCAGUGAACACCUGCUAAGGGAUAUGGAUGGUGUGGAGGAGAACGAGACCACAUCCUCCCCUCUCCUAUUUAUUGACACUGCAGGAUGUGACCUGCCGGAGCUCGACCUUCCAGAGGAAAUAUCUAAGGGAAAUGAAGGGGAAGCUGACAUAGUUAAACUACAUGUUGAGAAGCUCAUUGAGAGUGGACUGAAACAGGAGGACAUUGCAGUUAUUGCCCCUUAUAACCUCCAGGUUGAGCUGGUCAGACUUCGACUGGGAGAGAAGUACCCCGGAGUGGAGGUGAAAUCUGUGGACGGGUUCCAGGGGAGGGAAAAAGAGGCCGUUGUUAUCUCUCUUGUCAGAAGCAACCCUAAAGGUGAGGUGGGUUUUCUUUCCGAGAAGCGUCGCAUUAAUGUGGCGGUGACAAGAGCAAGGCGCCACCUGGCCGUGGUCGGGGACAGCAUGACAGUCAGUAGCGACCCCUUUCUUAAAACACUAGUGGAGUAUAUGACCACUGUUGGGGAAACACACAGUGCUACACAGUAUAAUACAGAUGGUGAUAUUACCAGGCCUGAGCACAUCUCUGAUCUGAUCUCUCUAAACAAGCAAGCCAGCAACAAGGGGGCAAAACCUAAAACCUCAAAGAAAAUCCAUGAUAAACCAAGACAGAACAAGAAACCAAGCGAGAGAAAAGAAGAAAACCAAAGGAAGGGGAGUGUACUAGAGGAGGGAGAUGAGAGGGUGAAGGAGCUACAGAGUCAGCUGGAGGUGUUUGUUGCCAACACUGGAGUCCAUGUACUAGAGUUUGCUCCCACACUUACCUCAAGGGACAGGCUAAUUGUUCAUGAGAUUGCCGAGAAAAUGGGAUUGUCACACGUCAGUCGAGGAAUUGGAGAAGAAAGGCACAUCGUUGUCGGCAGGCCAGAUGGCGCUGCCAUGGAAACAGAAUCACCCUAUCAGAGAGCCGUCCAAGCUGAAAGUGUUGAGGAGGGAGGGUCUGUUGAUAAAGAUACAAGAGUUGAAGUAACUGAUGUUUUAGAAAAGGAGGUUGUCCAGACAAAGAAUAAGAAGAGAAAGAACAAGAUAAAGAACACUGAUUGUGUUGAAAAGAAUAUGCUAAUUGAUCUUGAUAAAGAAAAUCAAACUAAAGUACCAUCUAAUGAUGUAAUUGAAAUAUGUAGUAAUAGUUCAAAAUCAAGUGAAAUAGCCAGAAGUGAUGGAAAAGUAAGCUGUUCAAUAUGCCAGAAAGAUGUUAUCAAAGCAAACCUAAUGAUGCAUGAGCUCCAUUGUGCAAAGCGUCAGAUUGGUGCCAAGUCUGAGAAUGUGAGUGGUGCGGAAAGGCAUUCUAAAAAUGCCUUAAAGUCUUCCAGUCAUAGACAGUUUGACAAAGAGCUAUCGAACAGAAUACAGAAAGUGGAUGAUGAUGACAUUGAUGCGUUGAUAGCAACAGUACAGAAGAUGGACUCCUCAUGUUGUUUUAAGAAGUGCAAAACUAGUGUGGCCACCCUGUUUCAGGUGUGUUCCCACUGUGAAGGGAGGUACUGCCUCUCCCACCACAUCCCCGAGGUUCACGGGUGUGGGGAUGCUGCCAGAGCCCAAGCACGAGCCCGCAUUAGCAAGGAUGGAGUUCUUCACAGGGGCAGUGGGGUCCCAGAUAGAUCCAUGGAUAAAAACAAGAAGGCUCAUCUACAAAGAAAACUGGAUUCAAAAUUGACUGAACUGUCUUCUAAGCGAAAAGGAAAACCAAAAAAAUGAGCAAAAAUGUCUUAAACUAAAUACUGAUUGAUCUGUGAUGUCUUUUGAAUCUUCAGAAAUAUUUGAUUAAGAGGUUUAUCGUGAUAACGUUCUUUCAACGUAUAAAUUAUUUUGUCAUGGAUAAUUAAGUUGGGAUUUGUGUGUAGUGUUUCUCUUUUUCAAUAAUUAUGCUAAACAAAUAAUGGUGUUGUCAAAUUUGUUUCAACACAAUAAUUUCCCGACUACAUUCCAUUCUAUGUUUGUACUGAUAGGCAGGGGGUGAUGUACAUCUUACUGGAAUUUGUUACUGGCGUGUACUGUCCUGAUCGUGUCAACGCAAGAAGAACACUGAUCUUAACAUUUGUUUUUGCUUCACGAUUUUAAGACAGUAUUUCAUGUUUUCGAAGCUUCGACCAAGAACCCCGAUUAAUCUAUGCAUGAUUUAAAAUAAGCUGACCAGUACUAUAAGGUAACUGGUAAGCUUACGGUACAUUUACAGACAACGGUGAAAUUAUCCAACAUUAACACCCAUAUUGAAAGAGCAAACAUGUACAUAAGUCACAUUGUGUAGAAUCCAGCAUUCACCACAGCAAUACUUACAACUCGUCGAGAUGAUUUGGCUGAUCAAUUUGAUAAUCCAACCAUGUGCUUUUAUUUAUUUUCAGUGUAUGGGAGCAAUAUUUCUAUAUUGCUCCGGCAAAAUAUUAUAUGCAUCGCAGGGUCCGUAUUCACGAAUAUUUUAUCUUAAGAAGUGUUUCAAACCAAUGUUAUGGUUCGUAACCCUUGGCGGAAUAUGCAUCUCGGAUUAUCAAUACUAUCGCUUGUCUGGUGUUCCUAGCUACCAGCCGGUUCCAUGGUAACGAAAGAACACUUCCUGGACAGUAUCCAGGCAUACCGUAUAAUGACAAGAUAAAGUGAUAUAAAAUUCAUCAACACAAAUCUCCUGUCAAUAAAAUUCAUGUAAAUUUGCGAAUAAAUAAUUUUCUAAUC